AUGGCCUCGGUAGAUUUAUCAGAGAGCAAUGGUGAUGCUCUCUCAGCCACUGCCAUCACUUUCCUUGUACUGUCCUGGUUGUCCGUCGUUCUCAGAUGUUAUGUUCGAGCUUUCAUGACCAAGGGUUUCCAGGCCGAUGACUGGCUCAUGCUGAUCAUAUUCACCAUCACUUGCUCUUUUAUCCUCCUAGGCGUUAAUGAUGGCCUCGGUCACCACAACCAAGCCCUCGAUCAACAGAGGGAGGUCUCGGCUUUGAUGUAUCAAUCCUUGGCUACCGCUACAUAUGUCCUCGAUAUGCUAUUUAUCAAGCUGAGCAUUGGCUUGUUCCUGCUGCGGCUGUCCAACUCAAAACUAUACAAUUGGAUCAUCCAUAUCAGUCUGGCGAUCAUCACGGUGUGGAGUGUGGUCAUCUUCUUCUGGAAUUUAUUCCAGUGCUCGCCUGUCGAAGCGCAAUGGGAUUAUGCCAUACCUAAUUCCAAAUGCGUGUCACCAGACGCCGUUGUGACGGCGGCGUACUCUAUCAGCGCCAUGACCAUCUUGAGUGAUUGGCUAUAUGCCCUGCUCCCUAUUCCUAUGAUAUGGAGCGUCAAGAUGACCAAGCAGGCCAAGGCAACUGUAAUCGUAAUUCUCGGUUUAGGAAUAUUUGCCAGCAUUGCAACCCUCAUACGACUCAAGUUCUUAGCCGACCUCAGCGAUCUGAGCGAUAUCUUGUUUACAGGAACAGAUGCCAUGGUAUGGACACUCGUCGAGCCUGGAGUAGCCAUCGUGGCCUCAAGUUUAGUAACCAUUCGACCGCUUCUCCGAGCCUGGCGACUAAGUGGUUUCACUUCGACCGACCGAACGCCGGGUAUGAGCGGGCGUAUCAGCGGUGGAAUGAGGUCAGGGACCGCACGAUCGGCACCCCGCGACCCAUACGGCACCGGCGACAUCGACGGUAUCGACACAGAUCUGGAGCUCGGUGGGAUAGGGAGACACGAGCCCAUGCCGCGGCCGAAUUCUCGGCUGGGAUAUCCGGGGCCGUUCACACAAGGCGGCUCAAAGACCGCAGGAACGCAACUCAGCUCGGACUUCAUGGCACCACCAAACUGGAAACGAAAUAGCAAUACCAAAAGCGAGAUGUACGUAAUCGAAGGAGAUAAAGCGAGCGACACGUGGACUGGGGAUAGGCUGGGCUCCCCAAGUGUGUCUUCAGUCGACCUGGACGGUCUCGAUGCACAGAGUCAGCAUAGUGGGCGGGUUGGUCUGGGAGGAGGGAGGAGGGAUAGAUAA